AUGGACAAUAUGCAAUACCUCGGUAACGAUACAGUUCAUCAAUUAUUGAUAAACCUCACCAAGGACGAGGCCAUCAGUUUCCGAAAGACCAUCGAGCAAACCUUAGAGGACUUUUCUACCGGUGGUGAGCGUCAGUACCAACCCGAUCCCAACGCCGUAACUCGCCCCAAUGGCUCGCGCACUCUCUUUCGACCUUUCACUUCCAACCAAAGCAUCGGCGCCAAGCUCGUCGUCGAGCCUCCUCCUCGGCCCGAUGGCAAGAAAGAUCCUCUGCAUGGUAUCCUGAUCCUGAUGGAUGGACUGGGCAAUCCUACUGGCGUGCUAGGUGCAGAAGAAGUGACUGGCUACCGGACCUCCAUGAACGUCAUGGUGCCGUUCUCUUGGAGGAAAAACGUCGACAAUAUUGUCAUUUUCGGCGGUGGUAUGCAGGCCUUGUGGCACACUCGUCUCAUCCUGACUCUGAGAGGCUCUGAGGUGAAGAGCAUUACCUUUGUGAAUCCCUUCAAGGAUCAGGUCGAUGCACUCAUUGGAACCGUGUCUAAGGAGAAUGAGGCUCGCUGGAAGUCAGCCUGCUCUUUCCAUUUUAUCAAUACCUCUGCCCCGGAUUUUCAACAACAGAUCGAAACUCGUCUCAGCAUCAUUGAUUGCGUCUUCUGCACUACCCCAUCUCGAAAACCACUUUUCCCUGCUAGCUACUUGACCAAGCGGAAGAGUAGCGCUCGUCAACCUUUCAUUUCAGCCAUCGGGUCCUGGCAAUCAGACAUGAUUGAGCUGGAUCCUGCAUUGCUGCAUCAUGGUGUCGCCGCAGAUGGAGGGUAUAAUCCUGUCACUGACAAGGCCAAGGGGGUGGUGCUAGUCGAUGACCGGGAUUACGCUCUUCUGAAUUCGGGUGAGGUGGUUCAAAGCAAGCUCACAGCCGAGGAGAUGGUUGAACUCGGACAGAUAAUUGCCCUGAGGAGCGGGAAGCUUCAAAGUCUCCACCCCAAGCAUGUUGAACAGACGAAUCGGUUUAUCUCGGAAGCAUUUAUUGUCUACAAAAGCAUCGGCGUCAGCCUUACAGAUUUGACGGCGGCAAAUGCUGUAUUGGCCCUUAGGCAGAAGAAGAAGCACCAUCAUUUGUGA